CUCGUAUUUUCUCCGAAUUCGUCCGGCGACCUGAAUGAAGCCAGCCGUCUGACCACUGCUGUGGGUCCCAUCGAGGCUGGCGAAGAAUUGGAUGACAUCAGCCCUGACGACGAAGAUGUAGCGGCCUUGAUUCAGCCUCCGGCACCGGCCAGUGGGUCAUCCAGCUUUUGUGGCUGGCCCGCUUCUCCUUCCACUGUUCACUCUGCCUGUUCCGAUUCUUUGCGUGUUGCUGCCAUAUCUGGCCUUGGCGAAGCUGUUUCUGGCCCAUUUGACUCGGCCGCCGGUGAAGUCAACGAUACAAAGUCGUCCCGAUGGGCAGUAGCUCUGCAGGCCGAUGAUGAGGCGGCGGCCCCGGUGCCUAUUUGUAUGCCGGCAUGCGGAGAAGAGGAGGGGGUGGAGGUAAUGAGGAACAAGUUUUUUGCAAAAAAGAAGCUCAAGUCACUACACAAGUUGGGCGUUAAGCGACUGUCGAUUGGUACCAGCUCAUUGAGCCAUGCCCAAGCAAAGAUGUCUUUCGAUUUGGGCCGGAUGGGGAUUAGCUCAGAGCUCAAGUAA